AUGGAGGAGCCAGGGAAUCUUGCAACCUCUAGAAGCUUGGAAAUGCCUUCAGUUUACGCAGCAAGAAAGUGGGGACAUGAGUCCUACAUCCACAAGGAACUGAGUCUUACCAGCAACCCCAAUGAUCUUUCAUACACCAGCAAACUUGUGAAAACCUUAUUGUAUAAUUUCAUCAGACAAGAAAAGCCACCUCCUCCGGGAGCCAGUGUUUUCCCUCAGCAGUCGGAUGGGGGAGGACUGCUUUAUGGACUUGCAUCAGGAGUAGCAACUGGUCUCUGGACUGUCUUCACGCUAGGCGGUGUGGGCAGCAAAGCAGCUGUCACUCCAGAGCUUUCUUCCCCUCUGGCCAAUCAGAGUCUCCUGCUUCUGCUGGUGUUGGCCAACCUGACAGAUGCUCCAGAUGCACCAAACCCCUACAGACAGGCCAUUAUAUCCUUUAAGAACACGCAAGAUAGCAGUCCUUUCCCCUCGUCAAUUCCACAUGCUUUCCAGAUCAACUUCAACAGCUUGUACACAGCUCUGUGUGAACAGCAGACAUCUGAUCAAGCAACUCUCCUCUUAUAUACAUUGCUCCAUCAGAAUAGUAAUAUUAGAACAUACAUGUUGGCUCGCACGGAUAUGGAAAAUCUUGUUUUACCAAUUCUUGAGAUUCUGUAUCAUGUUGAAGAAAGAAAUUCACACCAUGUGUAUAUGGCCCUUAUAAUAUUGUUGAUUCUUACAGAAGAUGAUGGCUUCAAUAGAUCCAUUCAUGAAGUGAUAUUAAAAAAUAUUACUUGGUAUUCAGAACGGAUUUUAACUGAAAUUUCAUUAGGGAGUCUCCUGAUACUAGUCGUAAUAAGAACCAUUCAAUACAACAUGACAAGGACAAGAGACAAGUACCUUCACACAAAUUGUUUGGCAGCUUUAGCAAAUAUGUCAGCACAGUUUCGCUCUCUCCACCAGUAUGCUGCCCAGAGAAUCAUCAGUUUAUUUUCUUUGCUGUCUAAAAAGCACAACAAAGUUCUGGAACAAGCUACACAGUCCUUGAGGGGUUCGCUGAGUUCUAAUGAUGUUCCUCUACCAGAUUAUGCACAAGACUUAAAUGUCAUCGAAGAAGUGAUUCGAAUGAUGUUAGAGAUCAUCAAUUCCUGCCUGACAAAUUCUCUUCACCACAACCCAAACUUGGUGUAUGCACUGCUUUACAAACGAGAUCUCUUUGAACAGUUUCGAACUCAUCCUUCAUUUCAGGAUAUAAUGCAAAAUAUUGAUCUGGUAAGUGUCAAAUGGAGAUAUUUAUUAUGA